CAUGGCCUCUUAUACUUUCGAGAAUGAUGCAGUCCUCGACCGGAAUCAGAACAUUACACGACAACCAGCCAAAAUUAGCCGAGUAAAUGUCUCCGAUGAUGAAGGAGACCGAGAAGUAUCGUCGGGAUUCCGUGGUCGAUCCCAGAGCUUAAAAUACCUCAAUGAACGAGAAGAGACUGAGACCAUAUCUAGGUCAAAAAGCCUCAGGGAUGUAGACACGGGAGAUUUUGAUAACGUCAAGGCUCGGGUGUCUUAUGUUGAUAGCUGGAACCCAGUGAAUCCAGUAGGGCGGGGUAGGAUAGCAAAAAAGAUUCAAAGCUGGGAGAAUUUGGACGCCGACGGAGACAACAUGUCGAGAGACACAGAAAACGGAUAUGACAGAAAGAGCUACAAUAGCUCAAAUUCUUCACGAAAGCAGAGUUACGAGGGCUACGCGAGAUAUGGGUCGGCUGCCUCCGGUGGAUGGAGGGAUGAAAGAUACGAGCAGUAUGAAGAAUACAGCCAAGAAACUUCUGCUUCGUAUCUGUACAGCGACAGAGACCUAGACGAUCAGAUCGACACCAAAAUGCCCGAUACAGAUCCCACGGCCUCGGAUGCCGAGUGGAAAAAGAUUCAACAAAACACGUUCACAAGAUGGUGCAACGAACAUCUGAAGUGUGUUAACAAAUACAUUUACAAUCUGGAAACAGACUUAGCCGACGGGUUAAAGCUUAUAGCCUUACUGCAGGUCCUCUCGCACAAGAAAAUCGCUAAAUACAACAAGAAGCCAUCGUUUAGACCUCAAAAAAUGGAGAACAUUUCCAUAGCACUCAAGUUUAUCGAGAGCGAGAACAUUCGACUUGUAAAUAUCGAUGCCAGUGAUAUCUUUAAAGGAAAUAUCAAAUUGAUUCUGGGUCUUGUAUGGACAUUAAUUCUCAAGUAUCAAAUCAGCAUGCCAUAUCUUGAUGAUGAUGAUGAUGUGGGUGAAAAAAUGACCCCAAAACAAGCACUUCUUGCAUGGGUCAAAAGCAAGAUGCCCGAGUCUGUUCCUAUGGACAAUUUCAACAAGGACUGGAAUGAUGGCCGAGCUGUUGCUUGUCUGGUGGAUGCUGUAGCUCCUGGCCUUUUCCCAGAAUGCGAGGAUUUAGAUCCAGAAGAUCGACUUGAAAAUGCAAAAGCUGCAAUGCAGGCAGCAGAGGACUGGCUUGGUGUACCACAGGUUAUUACACCAGAAGAAAUUACCAACCCAAAGGUGGAUGAGUUGAGUGUUAUGACAUAUGUCUCAUACUUUCCUGAGGCAAAACUCAAACCUGGUGCUCCUCUGCGCACCAGAACACAUCCCUCAGCAAAGUGUUUUGCCAAAGGUCCUGGUGUGGAGCCUAAAGGCCUUGUCGUAAAGAAACCAGCCAAUUUCACGGUGUUCACACAAGGUGCAGGAGUAGGAAAGUUGGCCGUGUCAGUUUGGGGACCAGGCAAGGUUGAAGAGGAAGUUAUUGUACAGGAUAAUGGAGACCAUACCUACUCAUGUCAGUACUUCCCACAGAAACAAGGAAAAUAUGAUGUGCAUGUCAAAUGGAAUGGCCGGCAUAUUCCCAAGAGUCCAUUCCGAGUGGAAGUUGGUCAAGACCUUGAUGCCAGCCAAGCUUAUGCUUCUGGUCCAGGAUUGCAACCUGAAGGAAUUCAAGCCGGCAAGUACACAGACUUCACAGUAUACACAAAAGGAGCAGGUGAAGGACAGGUGUCUGUCAAAGUGAUUGACCCCCGUGGUGGAGAAGAUGUUGACAUUAUUAUUGAACCACAAGAAGAUGGCCAGUUCUUUGUAGAAUACCAACCAGUUAAUGCUGGAAAACACACCAUUAAAGUCAUGUUUGGAGGGCAGCCCAUUAGCAAGAGCCCUUUCAAGGUCAUGGUCAGUCCACCAAGAGUUGAACCAAUCCCAUCCAAGGUUCGAGUGUUUGGUGUAGGUGUAGAACCAUCUGGCUUGAAGGCUGGACAAAGAGCACCCUUCACAGUUGAUGCUAAAGCAGCUGGUGAUGGGGAACUUGAUGUGUUUGUGGAGGGUCCCCUUGGAGAAGAAAAAGUGGAUGUCAAGAAUAAUGGAGAUGGUACAUACUCUUGCUGUUACUAUCCUGGCAAAUUCGGAAAGUAUGUUGUCAGUGUCACCUGGAGUUCAGUUCAGGUUCCAAACAGUCCUUUCAAUGUUAAAGUGGCUCCUGCUGUUGAUGCCAGCAGAAUCAAAGCAUAUGGCCCUGGUCUGGAGAAAGGUACUGCAGGAAAACCAUGUGAGUUCACUGUCGAAACAAAAGGAGCUGGAAUCGACAGCCUGGGAUUUGCUAUUGAGGGUCCUUCACAAGCUGAAAUCCACUGUCAAGAGCAAUCCCCUGGCAUCUGCGAUGUGAAAUACUACCCGACUACACCUGGGAAGUAUGCCAUACAUGUUACAUGUGGAGACGAAGACAUUCCCAAGAGUCCAUUCAUGGUACCAAUAUCACCUGCAGGAGAUGCCAAGAAAGUUUAUGCUGAAGGACCUGGACUGCAACCUGAGGGUGUUGUUUCAGGUGUGGGAGCUGAAUUCACAGUUUUCACGAAAGAUGCCGGGGAUGGUGACGUCGAUGUGAGAGUAAUUGACGGUAACGGUAAGAAAGUUCCCGCAGACAUCACUGACAACAAAGAUGGCACCUAUUCAGUAGUCUACUACCCUACAACUGUUGGUGCAUACACCGUCAACAUCACUUUUAAUUCCGAAAGUAUUCCCAAGAGUCCCUUCCGGGUAAACGUUUGCCAGACCAACUCCAAAGUCUGCCGUGCUUAUGGACCAGGCCUGGAGAAGGGCUUUGUCAAUCAGAACAAUGAAUUUAAGAUUGAGACGAAAGGAGCUGGUGAAGGUGGCCUGGGCCUGACUAUCGAAGGACCUUCUGAGGCACAGAUUGAAUGUAAAGAUAAUGGCGAUGGAUCAUGUGACGUCACCUACCUGCCCCCAGACCCCGGCGACUAUGUCAUUAACAUCUUGUUCGCGGACGAGCACAUUCCCGGCAGCCCUUUUAAAGCAAGAAUUUCAUAUCCGUUUGACCCUACCAAGGUUAAAGUUGAAGGACCAGGAAUUGAGCCCGGGGUACGUGCGGGUGAGCCAGCGGAUAUUGAUAUAGACACACGCUUGGCAGGAGACGCAGAGCUUACAGUUGAAGCCGUAGAUGAGUUGAACAGUCCUGUUCAGUGUGACAUUGAUGAAGAGGAGUACGGCAUUUAUGCUGUAACGUACUAUCCGAAAAAGAAAGGCAACCACAAGGUUAGCGUCAAAUACGGUGGAAAACAUGCGCCUGGAAGUCCAUUCAAGGUUGCUAUCUCGCCCAAGUCUGACGCUUCCAAAGUGAAAGUGACUGGUCCUGGGGUCGAAAAAACUGGUGUUCAACCUGGCAAACCCACGUGGUUUACUAUCAACGCCUCUGAGGCUGGUAAAGGAGAUGUUCAAGUAAAAGUAGAGCCUGUCGGACGUGGGCGUCCUGUGGAAGUAAAGGUGACUGAAGAUGGAAAAGAAACAUUCACCUGCGAGUAUGUGGCCCCUGUGGAAGGAGCGUAUCAGGUUGAUGUGAAAUUUGAUGGUGUUGCUGUACCUGGAAGCCCCUUCCCUGUCGAUGUUGCGAAGCCUGGCGAUGCAGGAAAGUGCAAGGCACAAGGCGAUGGAUUGGAAACGGCAAUCAUCGAUCAAUUAGCCGAGUUUGACGUGGACUGUACAUCUGCCGGAGAGGGACAGCUAAUGGCCGCAGUGGACAAUCCAUCUGGAGCGCACACAGACACCUUAGUAACAGAUAAUGAAGAUGGCACAUAUUCUGUUUCAUACACACCUUUUGAGGAAGGAAUUCACACACUGAGCGUGAAGUUUGGUGAUGAUCACAUCCCUGGCAGCCCUUUUAAGGUUGAUGUUCUUCCACCGACGGACCCAAGCAAGUGCAAAGCUUAUGGACCCGGCUUGGAGAAGGCAAAUGUGGGCCGCCCCGCUGAGUUUACUGUAGAGACCAAAGGUGCCGGAGCUGGAGGCCUCAGCUUGGCCAUUGAGGGACCCUCUGAGGCAAAACUGACUUGCAAUGAUCAUGGUGAUGGAACAUGCUCUGUGAAGUACACCCCCACAGAGCCCGGCGAUUAUGAGAUCCAUAUUAAGUUCGCUGAUGAGCACAUCCCUGGAAGUCCCUUUAACGCUAAGGUCACCCGCCCAGUUGAUGCAAGCAAAGUGAAGUGUUACGGACCCGGAGUGGAUCGUGUCAAUCCAUUGUUCUCCAAGGCGCCCCAGGAAUUCACCAUAGACACUACCGAGGCAGGGGAUGCUGACCUGGAGGUGACUGUGGAGACACCUGAUAGAAAGACGCUGAAGCCCGAGCCUGUGUCUGAGAAAGGAGAUGGAGUCUAUACAGUGGCUUAUACACCCGAGGAUGAAGGUCGUUACACUGUCAAUGUCAAGUACGGGGACAAACAUGUCCCCAACAGUCCAUUCCGUGUUCGUGCCGGUCCUCCGUUUGAUGCCAGCAAAGUGAAGGUAUCUGGACCCGGAGUGGAUGAGUCGCCCCUCACGGAUGAACCUGUUCAGUUCCUUUGUGAUUGCACUGAGGCUGGAGUAGCUCCUUUAACAGCUUCUGUAGCGCCGCCCACCGGCCCUGAUCUGGAGGUGGAUGUCAAAGACAACGGAGACGGAACAUAUUCUGUCGAGUAUGUACCUGAGCGACCAGGCCGCCACAGUGUGGAUGUCAAGUAUGGGGGUAGGAGAGUACCAAAGAGUCCAUUUAGAGUCCAGGUUAAGCCGAGUGGAGACGCAUCGAAGGUAGAGAUUGAUGGAUUGGGACCUGAUGAUACUUUCUUGGUGGGCAAAGAGAAUGACUUUACUGUGGAUUGCACAAAAGCUGGGAAAGGUGUUCCCAAGUGUUCUAUCAGAGGACCUAGAAGAAAGGAUAUUCCUGUAAAAAUGCUCGAUAAUGGUGAUGGUACAUUCGACUGUCUCUUCGUACCAGAAGACGAGGGUCGUCAUGAUGUGGAGGUCCUUUAUGGCGGUGCCCCUGUGCCCGGCAGCCCCUUCUCAGUGAAAGCUAAAAAACCUGUGGAUGUUGACAAGAUUAAGUGCCAACCUAAGUUAGAUAAAGAGCCAAUUGUGGACGAGGAAAUUGUUUACGCGGUCGAUACGCGACCAACCGAGUCAGCACCCGGUGAAGGGCUGUUAAACGGCUCCUUACUUACACCUUCUGGUGAGAAAGAACCCGUCCGAAUCAAAGAUAACAACGAUGGCACCUUCGAUGUGUCCUGUGUGCCCAAGGAGCCUGGACCUCAUGAACUGUCCGUGGAUUAUGACGGGGUACCUCUGGCCGGCAGCCCGUUUAAGUUUGACGCUGUCGAAGGAGGAGCGGACAAAGUGAAAGCUUACGGAAAAGGAUUGGAGCGUGGUAUUGCUGGGGAGCCUUGUGACUUUACCAUUGUGACGAAAGACGCUGGCCCAGGUGGUCUCUCAUUGGCUGUUCACGGCCCCAGUAAAGCGGAGAUCACGUGCUCAGACAAUGGAGAUGGCACAUGCUCAGUUCAGUAUGUCCCCGAGGAACCUGGUGACUAUGACAUCAGCUGUAAAUUCGCCGAUCAAGACAUUCCUGGCAGUCCUUUCACGGCACAUAUCUAUUCCAACUACGACGACCUCGAUGCAGCCGCUCUCCGUCCUACAGUCGGCAAACCAUGUGACGUACAAUUGAACAUCCCGGAUUCAUUCCGGCCAGAGGACAUCGAAUCGGGCGUACUUGCCGCUGAACUCGAGAGACCAAACGGCCGUAAAGAGCCUUUGGAGCCACUUCGUGUCAACCCUGAUGGAACGUUAGCAGUCACAUUUAUCCCAUACGAACCCGGAGAGCAUUUGAUCCACGUGUACAAAAACAAGCACGAAGUUCAGAACAGUCCAUUCUCAGUUAUGGUGCAGGCGCAACGUGUUGGCGACAUAUACCCUGUCGGGCACACUUGUGAUCUAGACUUUAAAGUACCCGAAGAUAUCAACGACCUUGUGGGAACUUUGAAACGCCCCAGUGGCAAAGUGGAAGAGUCCUUGAAGCUGCGACCUGGUCCAAAGCCUGGAACUAUCAGUGUGUCUUUCGUGCCAAGAGAAGUAGGAGAACACUAUCUGUCCAUCAGACGGAAAAAGGAUAACAGCCCUGUCGCUGGCAGUCCGUUCUCUAUUCUGGUGGAGUCAGAAGAGCCUGUAGAGGGGGUGGGCUGUCCCGUGGAUUAUUGCCUUAAAUUGGAUGAUGUCAAUCUCCCAGAAGACAUCGAAAAGAACAGAUUAAAGGGAACAUUGAAGAGGCCAUCGAGUGAUAGAGAAGAACCAAUAGAGUUAAAACUCAACUCAGACAACACACUUAGCUGCUCGUUUGUGCCGCGCGAGACUGGGCUUCAUUAUAUCAACAUUAAAAAGUACGGGAGACAUGUCGAGGGAAGUCCGUUCGUUGUCAAGGUGACCGCACCAGAAGGCGUCUCUAGUGUUGGUAAACCCUACGGAAAAGGUCUCGAGAGUCCUGAUAUCGACCUGCCGAAAGAUUAUCCCCGGCUGAGCGCUGCUCUAAAGAGACCUUCCAGUCCUAGAGAAGAAGAACUCAAGCUUGUUCUCAAUGGAGACAACACCUUGGGAGUGGCAUUUACUCCUAGAGAAGAAGGUGAGCACUUAAUCCAUCUCAGAAAGGAUAACAAGGACGUGCAGAACAGUCCUUACAGUGUGAUGGUUGGAGCCAAGGAAGAGAAGGUGGAAGAAGUCCACCCCAUGGGUCGAACGUGUGAUGUAAACCUGGAUAUUCAAGGUGUCAAGCUGCCAGAAGAUCUGGAAAAAGAUUUGCUAAGAGGAUUUCUUAAACGACCAAACAGCACGAAAGAGGAGCCGCUUAAGCUCGAAAUCACAAGCGACAAUUCGCUGGGCGUGUCCUUCGUGCCUCAAGAACCUGGUGAACACCAGAUCAGUGUAAGGAAGAAGACACCAGAUAGAAACUGGCGCGACGUACCAGGAAGUCCUUUCUCCAUCAUGGUCGAAGCCGCUGAGGCCGUCAAAGCUGUUGGCACACCUUGCGAUUGUCUUCUGGACAUUCCAAAUCUACGUGUCCCAGAAGAUCUCGCCAGACUUAACGCAACGCUAAAGAGACCAACGAGCCGUAAAGAGGAACCCCUCAAGCUCAGAGUCACUUCAGAUAACAGCCCUUUCGUUUCGUUCGUUCCACGUGAGCCGGGCGAACAUCUGAUCAGCAUUAAAAAAUACGGCUCUCACGUAAAGAACAGCCCCUUCAGUGUCAUGGUGGUCGCCCCCGAAACUGGAAACGCUAUUGGCAGGCCGUGCGGUGUUGGGCUCGAGAUUCCAGGACUGAAACUUCCUGAUGAUUACACCGACGGUCUUUUGAGCGCGAGUCUCAAGCGGCCUUCUGGGAAGCCUGAAGAACCUCUUCCUUUAGCUCUCAACUCGGAUAACACUCUGAGCGUUUCCUUCACGCCGCAGGAGACUGGGGAACAUUUCGUGACGGUUAAGAAGUCUGGUAACCAUGUGAAUGGUAGUCCGUUUUCGGUGAUGGUCAGCGGUCCAGGACCAGCGGAUCCAAGCAAAGUCGUCUGUAUGGGUCCUGGCCUACAUGAUGGUGUGGCCGGUAAGCCAAGCAAUUUUACCAUAAAUACCCGCGAUGCUGGUUAUGGAGGACUCGGUCUAUCAAUUGAGGGACCCUCAAAGGCGCAGAUCACGUGUUUGGAUAACGAAGAUGGAACGUGUACAGUGGAAUACUUACCUGUUGAACCCGGCAAGUACACCAUCAAUGUGAAGUUUGCCGACGAAGAUGUUCCUGGAAGUCCCUUCACUUCAAAUGUCAGACCCUCAGGCGAUGAAAUCCAACCAGUUGAAGAGAACCUGGUGAGCUCAGCUGUAUCUGACCAGUUCUCUGAACCAACCCAGCGAGUGUCCGAAGUGUUUGAAGAUCUUGUGACGUUCGGUUCCACCCCAGCACAGCCUCAUGACUUCGUCUUUGAUCUGAAGGGUUACAAGAUAGACGAUCUUGAGACGAUGGUUAUUAGCCCUGAUGGAACGGAGCUCGAUUCCGAGAUAAUUGAAACGUCACCGAAGACAUAUACAAUCCGCUUUGUGCCUAAAGAGAGCGGAGAACAUACCAUCUAUGUCCGAUUCAAGAGUGGAAGAAAGAAGGAUAUACCCGGAAGUCCUUUCAAGGUCUUUGUGGAGGCACCUGUGUGGGGUGGGGCUGCAAAAUGUGUGGCUGCAGGACCCGGGCUCGAACGAGGUGUGGUUAACCAUCCGGGAGAGUUUACAGUGUGGACACGUGAUGCUGGUCCAGGAGGCCUUGCGAUCGCAGUUGAAGGUCCUGCUAAGUCGGAGAUUAAAUGCACAGACAAUGGUGAUGGGUCUUGCAAUAUUUCCUACCUGCCAACUACUCCAGGCGAGUACACAAUCCACAUCCGGUUUGCUGAUGAGGAUAUCCCUGGAAGUCCAUUCAAGACUAAUGUAUCACCGGAAGUAGAAGAUCGCUUUAGAGAUCUCAAUGUUACCGAUCUUGCCGAGAGUGGAUUGAAAGUAAACCAACCUGCUUCGUUCUCCGUGCAGACUAAUGCUUCUGUUGGCGACGUGAAGGCGUCUGUCGUGGCACCCUCAGGGGAUGAGAAAGAAGCUCAAGUGUCUAACCUCGGUGGUGGAAACUUCGCCAUUCGCUUCACCCCAAGAGAAUUUGGCGACCAUCUUGUGAAUGUCCGUUUUGAUGGAUCUCACAUUCCCGGCAGCCCCUUUAAGAUCAGAGUAGGCGGUGCGGAAGGACACCCAGAAAAAGUCAAGGCUUAUGGUGAAGGUUUAAGCAAGGGUAGGGUCGGUGAAGCAGCCGAAUUUACCGUCAACGCCCUGGAGGCCGGCUCGGGUGCUCUUGCCCUUUCUGUGGACGGCCCCGCUAAGGUGAAGAUGAACUGCAGUGAAAAUGCUGAUGGUACCUACCAAGUAACGUACAACCCGGUCAUAGCAGGCGAGUACACGAUUAGAAUCAAAUUCGCCGGCCAAGAUAUCCCUGGUAGCCCUUAUAAUGUAACGAUUAGUCCCUCCGAUGGCAGAUACGUCAGCGACGGAGACGCCUCCAAGUGCACUUCUCGAGGAACUGGCCUGCAUAGUGCUGUUCUUGGGCAGCCCAACUCGUUUACAGUUAACGCCAGCAAUGCAGGACGAGGAUCCCUGAUGGUGGGGGUUGAAGGCCCUGCCAUACCAGCGAAAGAAAUCAAUGUCAAACACACAGGAAGCAACGUAUACGCGGUCAACUACGCCCUGGAGGAGCCUGGUGCCUACAUCCUGAAGGUCCUCUGGGCUGACAAGCAUAUCCCCGGAAGUCCCUUCCAAGUAACUGUUUGAACGCACGAGACUCGCGUGUAAGCGUGUCAAAUGUCAGGACCUAUAGCUAGUCUUGUAUUUAAGGAGCUAAAAAAUUCAAGAAGAAACUAUUUUCGUGGACUGGAAGGUUGCACCUCGAUAGUUUUAAUCGUCUUUCGCAAGAACAACAAUGCUAGUUUUCUAUAUAUUAAAAUUUUUUCAGAACUUCGUUUUCUAUCAAUUGUUGAAAAUUUAAAAUUUAUAGACGGAAUAGUUGAAGGUCGAAGUUGUAGCUGUCUUAAUCUGAAAUCCAAUCACAAUGUGGCAAACGUGGGUAAAAUAGGUAGCAGAAAUUAAGGAGCACUGCAAAUCGUGGUUACCAUGGUUAUUGUAAUGACUAAGGGUAACAGGCAGGCUUAGAGCCUUUAUGUCUCUGUAUUCAGUUGUUUGUGAGUUUUUUAAAGUGAGAACUGUUUAUGACUAAGGGAUAUUUUCUAACAACUAAUAAUAAAUUGCUUAAACAAG